GCUGGCCGAUAGGUGAACGGAAACGUGCGAACCCGUCCCCGAGAUAGCGCCACGUGUACAAACACCAACGCCAGGUCAGCAGUAGCUGUUGUUGUUGUUGGUGUUGCCUCGCCUUCCAUCCGAACACGGGUUCGUGUGUUCCCCCUGAGCGCGGCGUGGACGGAAUCUUCCGCGGAUCAAUACAGCGCUUCCCCCCUCCCAACGGCACGCACGCCCUUCCCGGUGGAGAGACGCCGGCGUACACGCCGUAGCGUGGCGGUUGGUCGGGUGGCGGCUCAGCUGCUGAGAGGCGCGUGGGCGAGACGCGAGAGACAGCAAUACACCCGCAAGAGGCGCGCUGCAGGAAGUUCAGUGCUCCAGUGCACCAGGUGCACGGGCUUCCCGCCCGCUCUCCGCUCCCAGCAGGGGCUGUAGCCAUGUCGAAGGCAGACAGCACUGGUCUGGGCUACUCGUACCACCUGCCUACUGGAGGCCUGUGUCUCAGGAUACGAAAUGCCCUGUCUCAGUUCAGCGACCUCUUCAGUGAGUUCAACAGGUACAUCGCCCCUGCGUACCACCACGACCGAUGUGAAAGGUCUGUGCAAAUGCGUCUCUACUCGAUGCACAAACGAGAAUUUGUAAUGGUGUUCCUAGCAUUUUUUGCCUGCUUUGGUCUUGGUGUGUUCAUAGGACUUGCAGGUCCUCCCAUAACCCUGACAGCUGAACAGAAGGUGUCAGCGCUCAGACCGAAGCUGAAUGGAAGUGAAAUAGCGACAGGCCCAUACGUCAUGAAGAGUCCAGCGAUGUCUACAUACAGCCAGCAGCUGUGGGUCAUAGCACAAGUGACCACAGAAAACACAGACGAUGAGAAAUUCGACAAAAGUUUCCAUGUGAGUGUCUCCGUCGAAGGAGUGACGGAGGAUCACAAGGCUGCUGUGAUAUUGCACGCUGAUCGUGCACACAACAGGACGCGACACUUGCGCUGCGAGGGGCAGAGCUGCGAGGAGUUCAUCGUCCUUCACCUCGGCUUCCUGGACUACACCCACUACAUCCUCACGGUCCACUUCUACGGCCUCGAGAGCUUCCACCAGCGAUACAACAUCAAGGACAUCACUUUCUACUUCAAGAGCUACAACCCAGCCUUCACACAAAUAGAAAUAUGGUUCCGCUUCAUUUUCCUCAUCGGGACUUUUAUUGUCACAUGCUGGUUCGCCCAUUCACUGAGAAGAUUCGUGAUGUACGACUGGUCCAUAGAACAGAAGUGGAUGUCGCUGUUGCUGCCUCUGCUCUUGCUGUACAAUGACCCGAUAUUCCCAAUGACGUUCCUGAUCAACUCUUGGAUCCCCGGCAUGUUGGACGCCGUGCUGCAAGCGACCUUCCUCUGCUCGCUGCUGCUCUUCUGGCUGUGCAUCUACCACGGCCUGCGCCAGAACGAGCGUCGUCUCCUGACGUUCUACAUGCCGAAGCUGGUCAUCGUAGGGAUGCUGUGGCUGUCGGCGGUGAUCAUGGCCACGUGGCAGAAGAUCAACGAGCUCCAGGACCCGACCUACAGCUACAAGCUGGACACCGCCAACUUCUACGGCUUCAAAAUGUUCUUCUUCGUGGUGUGUGGUUUGUACGUGCUGUACCUGCUGUGCCUCAUCUUACGGGCGUACAGUGAACUGCGGGCGAUGCCCUUCUUCGACAUGAGACUCAAGUUCCUCACGCUGCUGAUGACCAUCGUGCUGUCCACCAGCCUCGCCGUCACCAUCCUGCGCUUCGGCGCGGGCGUGCUGGAGGACAACUUCGUGGCCGAGCUCUCCACCAACUACAAGAACUCGGCCGAGUUCAUGUCCUUCUACGGCUUGCUCAACUUCUACCUGUACGCCAUGGCGUACGUCUACUCGCCCGCCAAGGGCACCAUCUACGAAUCACCUAUUACGAAAGACAACCCGGCAUUUUCAAUGAUAAAUGACUCCGAUGAAGAUGUUAUUUAUGGAUCAGAUGAAGAAAGUCGCCGUCCGUUGAAUCGCUGCAGAAACGAUGAUGAUAGUGACUAAAAAAUAAUUGUGCUUGUUUCUAUAGACUGCAAAAAAAAACUGCUAAAAGUGUUGUUAAGUUUGUUGUUACUGUUGUUGUUGACUGCAUAAUAAGCCUUCGUAUCAUAAAUUCUUAAAUAACUAAAUGAUACAUGAAAAGUUCAACCUAAAAUUAUUGUAACUCUUUUAACAUUGCAGUGGUAUUUGUAAGUGUGUUGAAUAUAAACUUUUCAAUCGUUUUUUUCAAAAAAUGAAAUAAAUGUGAAAAAAAUUUA